AUGUACAGGCAGCAAGCAAUGGAUUUUUAUCGUGAACAAGGAGUAGAAGGUGUGCCUGCUGCUAAACCCAUAGUUCGGAAGGCAAGUGGUAAGGAAACCACACGACAUGCGGCAAGGGCGCGGAAAUUUAAUGACGCUCGACAAACUGACCAGUCACAAAAUUCUUCUAAUCGGUUGUUGAGCACAUACAAUAAGCAAGUCACCCGUUAUGACGACCCAAUUCUACCGUUCGAAAACCAUCAACGAACUAUGGAUAUAAUCUUUAAUACAUACACGAUCAUUACUCAUGGGCGGGGUCAAUAUGUUGAUCGGCAUUCCAAUAAGCUCGUGUUUACCUUCGCCUUCGAGGACCUAGAAGCUAUGGACCCUAGAGCCCGUCAGGAUCAUCAAAAUGACGUAGAUACAAUAAUGAUGUCGAUGAAACUUUUCAAACGCUUGCCUACCCCGAAUGCACAGUUUUCGCUUGAGCGCAUUCGAGCGCUGUCUACAUUAUACCAGCCUUCCGACUUUUUGACCAAGUGUGGCAAUCCGAUUGCGCCGCUCAGCCCUUACCAAUCAAGGGAGUCAUCACCAUUAACUCCACUUCCAGCUUCUUCUCCCGAAUCUUCACCCCUAACUUCGCUUCCACCUUCGGAUGCUGAAGAUGAUGGAAUGGUGUCUACUGUGGAAGUUAAGAGUGGUGUCACUACGAAUGGAGCUUUAAUUCAUGGACGUAUGCACUGCUUCGGUCAGACGUUUCUCGACAGACUGCCUGGUUUUGGUGCGCGAAUUGGCUCUCGCUUCUCUGACUUCUGCGAUGUUGGAUUCCUGAUCGCGCGGCAGCAGCUAAAUGACCUUAGAGCGCCCUCUAUGACUUCAAUUUCGAAAUUUCAGCCAUUGGGACCUCACGACUUUGCUGCGAACUUUGCUUUCACCUUGGGAAAUUUUUAUAAUAAACCACACACGGAUAACGAUAAAGGAAAAGUAUAUUGUUUGUGGUAUCCGGUGGAUAGUAUUAGCGGUAAGAUAAUUACUGAGAGUGAAGGUUUUGUUAUUAUUGGUGGUUGGUUUAUUUUUCCAGAAUACCGAGUUGCAAUUAAUUUUGGAGGCAAAUCGGCGGUCCAGAUUGCUUGGAGCGUGGAAAAGGACCGUGCGGUCAGGAUGUCUGGUACACUCGCCUGGGCUGCUCCUCUCAGAUUACUCACUCAAUGGCGCGCGCGGCGGUAA